AUCUGUGAGAAAGAAGCUGUAAUUUUAGCCAAUCUUUGCUUGCGUGGGCGGGUUUACGUGGGGCGGUGCCCGAGUUGUGGUUGUGAGAUACUAGUUCCCGGUGUCAGAAGCGGAGACCCCCUGGGGACAGGAUGCCGCUGGUCGCUCGAUAUAUUGAGCCGCGCUUCCUGUGCCGGCAGAAGCUUCCCCCUGUCCGCAGUGAACUGGAAUGUAUGACCAACCUGACUCUGUCCAAUGUCAUCCGCCAGCUUGGAAGCCUAAGUCGCUAUGCAGAAGAUAUAUUUGGAGAGCUAUUCAGCGAGGCUAGUAUGUUUGCACACCGUGUGGGGUCUCUCGGGGAAAGGGUGGAGAGACUUCAGGUGAAGGUGACCCAACUGGACCCCAAAGAGGAAGAGGUCUCUCUUCAGGGCAUAAACACCCGAAAGGCAUUCCGAAGUAACACCUCACAAGACCAGCAACUCUUUAUACGUGACUCUCUGUCCCUCCCAGUGCGUGAAACAUAUUCUACGUGUGACAUGCCACCCCCACUUAACAUCCUGUCACCGUAUAGAGAAGAUGAAAAGGAGGCCCUUAAGUUUUAUACAGACCCUUCAUAUUUCUUUGACUUGUGGAAAGAAAAAAUGGUUCAGGACACCAAAGACAUCAUCAAAGAGAAGCGGAAACAUAGGAAAGAGAAGAAAGAUAACCCCAACCGUGGGAAUGUGAAUCCACGCAAGAUCCGCACAAGGAAAGAAGAAUGGGAGAAAAUGAAGAUGGGACUGGAGUUUGUAGAGCCCAAGGAUAAGAUGCAGAAUACAGGGCCUCAACCAUAUCAGAAUGGAUCUUUGUAUACCAAAGAGAGUCCGGAAAUGAAUCAGUACCCACCUCCUCCUCCCUUUGAAGAGCCUUCAUCUAUUUCCCAAUCAUUUAUUGAUGACUCUCUGCCUCCACCACCUGCUGAUGUCAGUGGUCAACCUUUAUCACAUCGUUCCAGUUUGGUUAGCCCUACCUGUCCUCCUCCAGCCCCACCAAUUGGUUCUCCAACAGGAAGUCGACCCAGUUUUUCACCUCCACCAGCACCUCCACCUCCUCCUCCUGAUGGAUCAGUGCCUGAUGCCCCAUACCUUCCUCCACCUUCUCCUCCACCAGUGUUCCCCUCGUUACCAGGCUUUCCUGCACCUGCACCUCCUUCUCCUCCUCCAGCAGUGCCAACUCAUCUUGAUUAUCCACCAGCCAUACCUCAUUCACCCACACCAACCCCUAUUGCAGGCCCCCCACCUCCACCACCACCUCCACCUCCUGGACCUCCUCCACCACCUUCCUUCUCUCGGUCUGAAGGUGAAUCUCCAGCACAAAGUUUGAAACCAAAGAGUACCCUUCCUCCUGUAAGCGAUCCUCGAAGUGACUUGCUGUCCGCAAUCCGUGAAGGGUUCCAACUACGAAAGGUAGAAGAAAAAAUGGAGCACGAGAAGCAAGUUGUUGGUGGGAAUGACGUGGCCACCAUUUUGUCUCGUAGAAUUGCAGUAGAAUAUAGUGACUCUGAGGAUGAUUCUUCUGAAUUUGACGAAGACGAUUGGUCUGAUUGAGCCCCUAAUGAAAGAAACAAAGGGAAUGUGAAUAUGCAAUUAAGAGAAGAAUCGCUUGUAGCUAUUACUUUGGGUUAAGGAUUACAUAUACAGGUUUUAAGUGUAGGGCAAUGGUCAAAAAUUAAAAUUGAAAAAGUUGUUUCCUAGGGAAAAAGUGUGGUGUUUUAGGGCAACUAACAACAUGAUAAUAUACUAUUUCACCAACUUUUCUCAGAUGAAUAUGAUAAAAUACCCAUUUAUAGAAUGGCAAAAUUUUCAAUAGAGUGAUAAUAUUGCACAGAAGAGUAGAAAAAUGAGCAGGACAUUCCUUUAGGUUUUCAUUUUGUGCUACUUUUAAAAUACCAGGUAGAUGUUUGCUGAGCGAUCAAUAACUAUUUUUAAAUGUAGGGAGUAUGUCACUAUAACCUGCAGGUAGCAGUGUUGAUGACAUAACCAGCAUGCAAUUAGAGGAGUUCACUGGUAUAGUGUACCUUUUUUGUUCCAGAUAAAGGAAUUGUGUGCUGCAUGUGGGGAAGAUUAUCCCUGGCCUGAAAUGUUUGCAUAGAUUGGUCUCUAAAGACAAAAGAAAGCUCGUUGAAAACUAUACUUAAGUAUACUUAAUAAUCUACAGCAUCAUCUUAAAGGAAAACUAUACCCCCAAAAUGAAUACUUAAGCAACAGAUAGUUUAUAUCAAAUUGAAUGACAUAUUAAAGAAUCUUACCAAACUGGAAUAUAUAUUUACAUAAAUAUUGCCCUUUUACAUCUCUUGCCUUGAACCACCAUUUUGUGACUCUAUCUGUACUGCCUCAGAGAUCACCUGACCAGAAAUACUACAACACUAAGGGGCAGAUUUAAGAAGGGUCG